CAGACUCUGUCUCUCACUCACACACCACAUCAACAGCUACCAUCCCGACCAAGCCAGGCCAAGGAUGUUUACUUCAUGCUUUUAUCAUAUGGCCUAAUGACAUUUAAUUGCUUUACUUAACGAGCUCAGGGACGAGGACCAACGCAAUGCGGCUCAAUCCAACCAGCCAGCCCCAGACUGGAACUGGAGCAGAGAGACAUAUUAAAGGGUGGUAGAGACGGGUAGUGGCAAGUCUUUGCAACGGAGAAGAGGAGUAGAAUAGGAAUAGGGUGGUUGCGUCGGUCUGCAACUUUUCCAAAGGAGAUACAGCAGAUAAUGGACUGCAGCGUUAGAGAAACAUUUUUUUUUGAAAGAGAGGGUUAAUUUGUGUAGAGUUUGAGUAAAAGCAGAGUAGAUGCAGGUAGAAGAGCAAAAAAGGUUUCUAGUUUAAAGGUUAAAAAGGGGUACAGCAAAAGUUAAGAAAAGAUAUGGCAAACGAAGACAGCUGAAAGUCCAAGUGGUGUAGUAAAGUACAGUGGAAUGCAGAAGAGUAGAUUUCAUGAGAGGACAAAUAUUUUGGAAGUUAUCUUGUACACAGGAGAGCAUGUAAGGUUACAGUUGAGUAGAGUUUACUUGAAAUCAGAAAGUAGGUAAGUAAGUAAGUAGAAUGUAAAAUCCAAACAAAAAUCCCAGAGUAAAGGGUGUAGAAAUGGAAUUUUCUGGGAUUUUCUAAAAGAAGACUCAAACAAUUAGAGAAGAAGGGUGCAGCUUAAAAAAGCAGUAGAGUAGAAACUAGAAUAAAGUGGACUUUGAAUUGAAGCCAUGGAGCUGCUGGAAGCGUUCUACCGCAGGAAGCUCCGGAAGAAGCCAAAGAAAAUUGAGCUGGGCCGGUCGGAUGGGGCACUGUGUCGAUCACCAUCAGAGGCCAGCGUCAACAGCCUGGCGACCGGCCUCAUCUCCAAAGUCCUCAGGUUCACCUCCAGACGCAGCGAACCGGCAUCUCGUCCUCACUCAUGGCAUUCAACGAAGCUCAGUGAAGGUCAGCAGCAGUCGGAUCAGGGAGGGAUGGACACAAUGAGCAGUGCCUGGCACCACAACUACCACACCAGUACCUCGACCACCGACUUGUCCGGCGGGUUUGACUCUGGUGGCAGCUACAUGAGAAAGAGUCCGGACCAGUACAGCUCUAGGGGCAGCAUGGAGAGCCUGGACCAUCCUCUGUCCUCCCAGCUUCACUCUGGAGCUAAGCACCCCCACACCCACAGUGGACCUCACCCCGCCUACUCUUCCUGCCACCAGCUGUCCUCUUCCAGGUCCUCCAACAGCAUCGACCACCUCCACAGCAAACGAGACUCUGCCUACUCCUCCUUCUCCACCAGCUCCAGUAUCCCAGAGUACCUCGCCUCCACCCCUUCCUUCAGCCCAGAGCGCUCCUAUUCGCUGGAGACCGUCCCUCAGAGAGGAGGGGAGAUGCAGCAGGCUGACAUAUGUUAUGUCCAGACGGUUUACGAUGCCCAGCAGGGCCUAUCUCAAGAGCACGAGCUGAGCUCCACCUCUGUCGCGUUGCUCCGCAACAGUAAUUCCAGAGGUGGGACGAGGCCAGGGCUAAGCCAAGAUCGGCAAGAUUCAGUAGGUGGGGUCUGUUACCAUGGCAGCAGCAGUGGUAGCAGCAGUAGCGGUGAUGGUGUACCGGCAUCAAACAGACACAGUGUGGGUCCAAUAUGGGGCCCGGCAGCCAGCCGCAGCUCCUACGAGAGCCUUAAGGGGGCACCGGCUCCACCGAGACGCAGCGACAGCUACGCAGCCAUCAGGAACCAUGAAAGACCAAAUUCCUGGUCCAGUCUGGAGCACGCCCGGUCACUACGGUCUCUGCAGAAAGGUUCCUGGCAUCACUCCAGUGGCCCAGUGGCCUCAGGUGCAGCUAAAGGCUCGUACGGCGCUGAGGGUCUGCUCCACACAGUGAUAGAGAAGAGUCCAGAGAGCAGCCCCACCACAAAGCCCCGGCAGGGUGGAGGCUUUCCCCAGCCCCCUUCCCUUACUGGACCCUCCUCUGAACCUGCAGGCCUUAUCUCCCAGUCUGGCUGGCUCAUUCUGCCCACCGGCACAUACCCUGUCCCCCAGCUUGAGCCCCACUACGCUCAGAUGCCCAACACCAGCCACAGGCCAGGCUCCUCGGGAGUUUACCCCAUCCUGGCCAAGGAGAGCAGCGGACAGCAGCAGCUGCUGCAGGGUGUCAGAGGGAGAAAGGAAGGAGCAACAGAGAGGCGGAGGGAUGUAAGGAUGUCAGCUACAGAAAACGGAUACCAAAACAACACUUCUUCUUCACUAAACCCCUAUUCCUCUUCUACAACAUCUGCCUCUACACAGCUUAGGACUCAAGCACACGAGGCAGACAGGCCUCAACAAGAAGAGGUUAAGUCUGAGCAGACAAGGGACCAAAGGUCCCAUCUUCAUGCAAACCAGAGACCCCACAGCCAAAUGUUCCAGGAACAGAACCAGGAUUUCCAUAUUCCCCACGUCCAAUCGACUACUGGACUCUGCAUACCUGUCCAGUCCAAGGGAGACAGAACCAGAUCAAUGGACCAGGCCAGCAUUCAUUCAGAGCCAGUGGCAUCCUCUAGGCUCACUCAGGGAGAACUGCCUCUUACCCACUUACCUGUUCACCCUCAGCCUCAGGAUCUACCCCCCUCCGCCUCCCAGCAUCCCCCCCGUCACCUCAGUGACUCAGCAGUUCUGCAGUACCAGCACUGGGACCACAAACAGCAGGACAAAGACAGGGAACACCCACUGACCCGUCUGGAGAUUGCCCUUGCCGAAGUCCAGCGAUGUGCCAGCCCCAGCAGUGUUGUCUCCGCAAGUAGCCAUGGCAACAGUAGUCUUGGUAAUGACAGCCAGGGACCUGUCCGCAGCCUCUCUGUCCUAGAGAAGGUCAGUCGCUUUGAGCGCCGGGAAUGCACCGGAAAGCAGCGGAGUCACAGCACUACCAACGUACAAGACAAGGCCACGCAUCUAAGGAUGUCUGACAAAGGCUACAGCACCCCAUGUGGAGCAGAUGACCUCAGAAACAUGCUUGAGAGAAGCGCCAGUAGGACUAAAGCCCACAGAACUCUUAGCUACAGAGGAGGCAGUAGCGAACACACGAAAUACAGGACCCCAGUAGAUCCCAGUUCAGCCCUCCAGAGGAGCCGCAGCAGCUUCCAGCUGGACGAAUCCAGGGAGGGUGACAGCAGCAAAGACUUCCCCCGGACACAGGACAUCCAAGAGAUGCUGGGCUACAUGCAGGACACGUCCUUCAACAGAUCUUAUAGGGACUCUUUAAAAGACGCCCAGUCUAAAGUCCUGCAAUCCACCUCCUUCAGACGGAGAGACCUCACCUCCUCGAUCAGCCCCCCACCUCCUGCAGCUACUCUUCUCAUCUCCUCCUCCAGCAGCAAUCAGCCUCCACUUGUCCCUGCCAAGCACCACUCCCUGGAGAAAAAAGGCCCAAAAACCAUGCCCAAACCACAGGGCAUUGUCAUUACACCACAGUCACAACCACCGCUCACUUCCCUUCACACGCCAAAGGAGCGGCAUGUGAUCAGCCCAGAGACUCGAGGCCCGAGCCCCCCAGCCCUCCCCAGUCUCCCACCGGUUGGACCUCCUGCUCUGAUGCGGAUCUGUGGCCGCAAGCGGCUGACAGUGGACCAGAAGAAGCAAUCAUACUCUGAGCCAGAGAACAUGAAUGAGGUCGGGAUUUCAGAUGCAGAGACAGACGCCCUCUUCAGGCGUGGAGGAGAGACCAGCGUGGCAGAUCGGCGGAAGAUGUUUGAGCUUGUAGCAAAUCGUGUCAGGGGCGGGGCUUUGCAAAAUGCCACGUCAAGGCCCGAACUGCGGCAGCUUCAGCACAACGCUUUGGCUGAUUACGUGGAGAGAAAGAGAAGUGUGAAAAGAGACAAGGGAGGACAGAGGAGUGGACUGAGGCCCCAUAGUGCCUAUCUACAGCCUGAAAACAGCAACUAUACAGCCUCCUCCUGUCACUCCGACACCCUAAGCCUCUCCUCCACCUCCAGCCUGCUCUCACUCCAAGACUCUGGUGCAGAUCGAAGCUUCUCCUUCGGAGAGAGGCGUCUCUGCUCCACCCUGCCACCUGAAGCCGACCUGCGGAGCCUCCAGUCCAACCUUUUCUACCCAGGCUGGGUGACUAUUCCGAGGGCUCCGGCGCAACCACCUCUUAGUGCUCUUUCUGAUUCCCUUCCUGAGCCCCAGGCCCAGAUCCUCCAGGAUAUCAUCCCUGACGCAGGGCUCAGCAGACAGAGUCAGUCCUCCAGCAGAGACCUGGGCCUGGACCCCCAAUCGCUGUCCACAGAGCCUCAACUCAACAUAAGACUGUCCAAGCAGCUCAAUGGGGUUCUGCAGAGGGCCGGGUCAGCUCGGGACUCCAGGAAGACGGCUUCUGCUGAGAAUCUCCUGGAGAAAUCUGAGAAGACACAAAUGACUCCUCAACACUACCGCUGCCGCUCCUCCCCUACAGAAGAGAGACUGAACCAGGACUCCCCUCCAGGUGAUAUCAGGAUGUUUGGGGUCUUUAUCUCUGAACCUGGACAUCGCUCUCUGGCUGAGGACAGACCUGCAGAAGUCCAGCUAUCAGGCGGCCUCGUCUCUCCUCAACACUCCCAGAACAGUCGGAACACCGUCCAGUCUGCAGGACCUUCGCAAGACCCAGGCUCCUCCCACACUACUGUCACUUGCAGGGAGCGACAGAGGAACAGCGAGCGCCAACGAGCCCACAGUACCUCCACCUUGGCAGCCUCUGUUGGCCUGCCCUGCCCCCUCUCCCCACCUGGGACUCAGAACCGAGGCAGCACUGAGUGGCAAGCUAGCGAGAGGCUAAGCCAGGCCAACCUGGAUGCCAUCACCUUCCCAGGCAUCCCGCAACCCAGCACAAGUGACGGUGAUGGCAGUAACACUGCAGGCUACAAUGAAACCCUGGUGACAGACAGACAGACAAGACACAGUUUGAGUGACGCCAGCAUAUUAGAAGACACUGCAAAGGACACAUAUAGAGGGAGUGCCUUCAGCUUAGAGAUGAGAGGAGGGUGUUCUGCAGAAAACGCCACACCAGUUUGCCUGCCCCAUUUCCAACUUGCAUCCCCACUUAACAGGAAGGACAGUGGGAGCAUUGUGUCGUCUCCUCCCCCAUCCUCCCAUCCGUCCAUUCCCCAGCAACAGUCCUCUCUGCGAAUCUCUGAGUCCAGCCUCUCCAGCUCCACUGACAAGCAGCAACCACUAGAAUCCUCCAUAGGCCUAUUGCAGGAGGACUUUGAUGAGGUCUUCCUCCAAAAUCCUGCCUCUCUGUCACCUCCUCCAUUAAUCAAAGAGAGAAGCAUCUUGGAGGACUUCCCUCCACCUCCUCCUCCUUUCCUCGAUUUGGAGCAGGAAGCUGGGCACCAGAUUGUGGAAAGUCCUAGCAUGGAUUUCUUAAACAACCCUGUCAUUCCAGCCAGGAAGUCAUCCCUUCACUCCCCUCCAAUGUCCCCUUCUUCCUCUAUCUUUCCUUCGCCUAUGUCCAUCCUCCUUCCUUCCCUGAAGCCACAGCCCUCCACAAUCACCUCCAUCACCACAGCCAAGGACAGCCUAGGUCUUGAGUACCAGCCCCUACCCAAGAGGGAAAAGACAUCUGAGGAGCUGCGAGUGGAAGUGCUGGCCCGGCAGCUGGUGUUGCAGGACCGCUCUCUGGCACCCCUCCUGGACACGUGGGGAGGUAAAUCCACUGUAGAGCUUAUGGAGGAGAUCUUUCCAAACAUCAGAUUGGUUGGUAAAUCACCAUGGCAACAAAGGGGCAGUAGCAGAUUGGAGGAAAGAAUCCAAGAUGGCGUCUGUGAUCCUGCUCAGAGCACAGUGACGAAUCAAGGGAAGGAGACGGAUCUGGAUGAGGAUGGGAAAGACCUUAACACCAGGAAGGUGGAGCUGUGUGAAGCUCUCAAGCGCAGUGUGGCUUCUCUGCGACAGGAGAAAGAGGUGCUGUGUGAAGAGGAGAGAUGUCACCAGGCGCUGGGGGCAAGCAUUGAAACACUGGUGCUGGAACGCCUCAAACCCAACGAGAGGGAUAAGUACAGCAUGUUCAUUGGAGAUCUGGAGAAGAUCGUGAACCUGCUGCUGUCUCUGUGCAGCCGGCUGUCGAGGAUCAACAGAUCUCUGCACACUCUGGAAAGAGAGGAGCUGACGCAGGAGGACGUGGCAGAUGAGAGGGACUCCCUCUAUCACAAACGCUCUCUGCUCCUUGGUCAAACCGAAGACGCCUGGGAGCUGAAGGAGAACUUGGACCGGCGGCAGCACGUGGUCCAUGCCAUUCUGUCUGGCUACCUCACAGAAUUGCAGCUCCAGGACUACCGCCACUUUGUCAGCACCAAACCCUCCCUUCUGAUUCGCCAGCGGCACAUCGACGACCUCAUACGGCAGGGGGAGGAGCAGCUGACGCGAUUGGCCGAGAGCCUGCCGCAGGAGCAGGCGGAGGCUCACGGUUGGUCGAGAGGGAAUUUAUUCUCAUCAUCAAGCCUGGCCCACUGCUCUUCUCCUUUUCCACCCUCUGCUAUUCCAGGCCCCGCCCACUUAGUCAGGUCCACCACUGUGACAUCACUGUAAUGUCACGGACAGGUCACUAUUAUGAGUGGCAGUGAAGGAUGAGGAAAGAAGAAGAGACAAUUGGCUCACUAAAAACUCACUUUGAGCUUGAGUGAUGCUCUAAAUUGAAGGAGCUUUACACGAAGGAAUAUUAGGCCUGUUCACACUGAAACAGCUAUGUAGAUUUCACAUAUGAAGAAGAAAGCCUUUAAUGUGCCUCAUUUUAUCCACACUCAACUGUACGUUACACCUCUGUUCACCCAACAUCAGCAACCAGCGCUGUUUGGACUAAACCGACUGCUGCCAACAUUUCUAAUAAUCCUCUGCUCCGAAAGGUGAUUUCUAAGGGCCAUAAGGUGUUUUCAGUUUGGAAUUUCAUUGUCAAAUACUUCAAAGGACAAUUCCAUUGUUAUGGGUAAUUACCCUGCAGUUUUCCAGCUCUUAUGUUUAAUUAAACUGACCGUAAUCCUGGUGCAGACAGACAGGUUAGACAGCAGCCUGAAUUAAAAGUAAAAAGAUAGAAAAUGUAUUUUAAAAGUCAGCGAAAAGUCAGAACACUCUGGAAUUGUCCUUUGAUAACCCUGAUGGUGCUUUCAUGAACCUCAAACAUUUAGACUUUUAGACAUUUAGUCUUUAUUUCUACUGACAAGAUGAAGUGAGCAGGUGUUUUAUCUCCCAAAGACAAAAUACCAUCAUUUUUAGAAUAAUAAUAUUGUCAUCUUGUCAAACAUUUCAAGACCAGGUCAGCUUUCGCACAUGUACAGUCAACAUAUAAAAAUAAACUAACACCAAAAUUGGAGGGACGCUGUUUUUAUUUUACUGCUAAAAAAAUAAUGAAAACUCUCAGAAACUGAGUGCACAGAUCCUGAACGGUAGCUGUUCUGAUUACUGUCAUAUGAGACUGUAACAAUACUACUAUCACUACUGUCUGUAUGUCUGGAGCUUGUUGCACUUUUUACUGUAGCAGCUUGACUACUGUUUGCUUCAGAAUUUACACUGAAUGAUAAACAUUGUUCUACUUGUGCCUUUUUGAAAGUUGAUGUGUUGAAACAUGUGAUGUCAAAAAAUUGAGAAGUUUAGAUUCCAAAGAUUUUCACAGGAUGAAUUGUUUGCACAUAUCAACUUGGUUUAAUUUUGGAUUUGAGGUUUUGUUUGGGCCAAAAAAAUCAAUUCUUUUUUCUUCCCUUUGUUCAAAGUUUCAACAUUUUACAACAACCACCAUUACUCUAACUUCUGAAUAAUCUCUCAGUCAGUGACUGAUUAAUCAGUCAGAUAUUUAACCCAUAAAAUGUCAAGAACAACAAAUGCCACAAUUUACUAUACCAAAAUAUAUUUAACAUAUAAAUAAAAUAGAAAAUAAGCAACAAUUAAAACAUUUAUCAGCAUUGUCAUUGAAAUUGCUGAUAAUUGUUUUGUCAAUCACUGAAUUCAUAAACUGACUAGCUGUGUCAUUAUUGUUUAAGGUAUAGGAGGUAUCUUACUGUUUGUAAACAUACAGCUCUCAAAGUUGGCCCUUCCCCUCCGGCUCAACGAGCCAGAGAGAGAGAGAGAGAGCAGUAGUGGUGGAGCGAGUUGGUGAUGGAGCGAGUUAGAGAGUGAAUGAAGAGAGGGAGUGCCGUACAAAGCCAUGAGUGUUCCCGCGAUGACAUCACUAUGACAUUGUCAGGGUUAUAGACCUUUCCUACAGAUCCACAGUAGACAUUACACAACUGUUUUCACAGGCUGAGUAGAACUGCUCAUCACAAGUAAACUAAUCUUCUUAAUGUGUAAAACUGGUUGAUUGCCCCUUUGCUCUUAUUUUAAGGGGCUACCCUCCUCAUGGAUUAAUAAUUGUUGGAAUCAGAAAAUAUUUUUUUAUGGUCAUCAAUUUGUGCGCAGUGCAGUACAUAUGAAAAGGAAAAAGGUGCAACAUCAAGACAAUGCAAACAAUAAAAUGAUAAAAUAUUAAUAAUUAAAAAACAAAGUGUUGCACCACCUUCUUUUCUCUUACUCCUUUUAAGUCACAAUCAUAAAAAUAGCACUUCUGAAGUUGUUAAUUUGCUUGCAUUUUUACCUUCAUUUGAGAGUGCACUGUCCUCUCUGGGCAGUAGUUUACCACAGAACACAUUUUCCACUUUGGAUCAACUCUUCUAUCUGCCAAUGAAGGAUCAGGAUUAUAUUUGAGUCACACCAGUUUAUCCAUGUAGCAGGUGCUAUUUGGCUUCCCAUCAGUUCAAUUUAUCUAGGGACUCUAAAUGGUUCAAAUAGUUAAAGUACUGAUCAGCUUUUUACCUGUUUCAUUCUACACCAACAGUACAUGUUUCCUUUUACUGUUAUAGUUUUUGUGCACCUUUUAAAUAUUGUGUUUGUCAUAUUCUCUAAACAUUACACCACACAAUAACCCAGGUUUUACUGUUCAUUAUUGUUUGUUCAUGUUAUUUUCAGAAUGAAAUUCAAUGUUGGCUUUAUGAAAGAAGGACAAUUAAAGAACAGCUCCUGUUUUUUGCAAAAUAAA